UUUACUUUGUGGUUUACUUUAGUAUUAGCCAUCUCAUGUUAGCGUUAGCUCGUUGUUAGUGCUACAGCCUUUGGGGUGGAGGAGCAGGAACCUUCUCUGUGUUACUUUAAUCUGUGUUUACUGACUAAGAAAAUUUGUUUUAAUUUAAAUAUGCUUACAACUGAUUCACCUAUUCAUCAUUCAGUUUGCACAGCAGUUGCACUACAUGCACUGCACCUCAGUGCUGGACCCCAAACCUGCUGGACCAGAACCCUGAAGGCUCCUGCCAGCAGGUGUCAAAGGAAGUGGACUGUGCUGCAGCAGUGACACAGAUGGAAACACUUGCUGGGUAAACAACUGGUCAUCCUGUGUGCGCUUCAUCUCCACCUUAUAAAAGGAGCUGUCCUCCCAGGGACGUAUCUCACAGCGAGUCAACCUGUUGGACGGAAAUGGGGAACGGAGGACUCCAGCUGAGUCUAGGACUUCUCUUCCUGACCCAGCUCCUCGGCUCACUGACCCAGGAUGUAACUGAUACCUCUCCUCUACAAGCCUUGGCCCUUAAUUCAGCUAAUGCGUCUCACAUCGGUCGGGUGUGCACAACCUGGGGAAACCACCACUUUAAAAACUUUGAUGGAGAUUUAUUCCAACUGGAAUCAACCUGUAACCACGUCUUGGUCUCCCAUUGUAAGGGAGGCUAUGAAAGUUUCAACAUCCAGAUGAGGCGCAGCAUCAUCGACGACAUCCCCACCAUCAGCAGCAUCACCUUAAAGCUGGAUGGUUUAGAGCUGGAGCUCUCCAACAGUUCAGUGAUCGUCAACGACAUCACGGUGGAUCUGCCGUUUGUUGCAUUUGGAGUGAUGAUCAAAAGCACAACGUCUGCCAUCUUUGUUGAAUCUAAGCUUGGAGUCAAGGCUAUCUGGAACCUGGAUGACUCUUUAGAUAUUGAAAUAGAUUCCAAAUACCAGGACCAGACAUGUGGGUUGUGUGGAAACUUUGACGGCAUUUCCAAUGAUUUCAUGAAAGACGGGGUUCUGCUGUCUGUGGUUGAUUACGCCGAGACUUUCAAGAUGAACGGGCCAACAGAGACCUGUGAGGAACCUGAACCCAACUUCACCCCAACCUGUGGUGAUAAAUUUGUCUGUGAGCAGAUCUUCUCAAGUGCUCCGUUCAGCAGCUGUUUCAACCUUCUCGAUGUAGAAUCCUUUACUGCAGCUUGCAUGAAUGACAUGUGCAACUCAAACAACAACACUAGCUCCAUCCUGUGCAAAACCAUCUCCGAGUUCUCCAGACAGUGUGUCCACGCUGGCGGCAGCCCCCAGCCUUGGAGGAAUGAAACCUUCUGCUACAAAGCAUGUCCAUACAGCAUGGAGUUUCUGGAGUGUGGCAGUCCUUGUGCUGACAGCUGCUCCAACACUCAAGCCAGUCAAACAUGUGACAGCCACUGCCACGAUGGCUGCAGCUGCCCUGCAGGGACGGUGUUUGAUGACAUUAGUGACACUGGGUGUGUUGCGGUCGCCGACUGUCCAUGUCGUCAUGACGACAAAAUCUACCAGUCCGGGGACUCGUUCUCGUACAACUGCAGAUCCUGUGUCUGUGAGAGUGGCCGUUGGGUGUGCGAAGAGGAAAACUGCUUAGGAACCUGUUCUGUGGAGGGAGGAGCGCACAUUAAUACCUUUGAUGGAAAAAGCUACACCUUCCAUGGGGACUGCUCUUAUGUUCUGGCUAAGCAGAACAACGACUCCUCAUACGCUGUGUUAGCGGACCUCGUUAAAUGUGGGAUGACGGACAGCAGGACUUGUCUUAGAGGAGUUACACUGACCUUGGACAGCAAUCUGGUGGUCAUUAAAAUCCAAUCAUCUGGGCACGUCUACAUUAACAACAUUCUCUCUCAGCUUCCAUUGUUUACAUCUGAGCUGAGUGCUUUCAGACCAUCUUCCUUCUACAUCGCCAUACACACCAACGUGGGCAUUCAGGUGAUGGUCCAACUGUCCCCCAUCAUGCAAGUGUUCGUUUCAGCCGACAUGUCUCUGAAAGGAACCACAUCAGGAUUGUGUGGCAACUUCAACAACAUCAUAAGUGAUGACUUCAGGGGGAGACAUGGGCUUGUGGAGGGCACCGCUGCAGCGUUUGCCAACACGUGGAAGACUAGAGCCACCUGUCUUGACAUGACAACACAGUUUGGACAUCCCUGCAGCCAGGACAUCACCAGAGAGAACUACGCCCAGUACUGGUGCUCCAAACUAACUGAUCCAGCAGGAGUGUUCUCUCCCUGCCAUUCAGCCAUCAGCCCCAGCGUAUACAGAGAUAAUUGUAUGUAUGACAGCUGUAGUUGUGAAAAAAGCGAGGACUGUAUGUGUGCCGCUGUCUCCUCGUACGCUUUCGCCUGCUCUGCAGCAGGAAUUCACAUCAGCGGCUGGCGGGCCGACAUCUGCGGAAAGUUUAGCGAAUCCUGUCCAUCGGAAACUGUGUACGAGUACAACAUGACCUCUUGUGGUCGAACGUGCCAUUCCCUGAGCCAGCUGGAUUACUCGUGCCAGAUCAGCUUCAACGCGGUCGACGGCUGUGGCUGUGCCGAGGGAACCUACAUGAAUGAGGAUGGCCAGUGUGUGUCCAGUGAAAGCUGUCCCUGCUACGAUAAAGACGUCAUUAUCCCUGCUGGACAAGCCAUCUUCAAAGAGGGUGCAACAUGUGUCUGCAGACAUGGAGUUCUCAGCUGUUCCGGAGGAAGCCAGCCACAGCCCUCAUCGUGUGUUGCCCCAAUGGUUUAUUUCGACUGCUCCGUUGCUCAGCCUGGUGCCUCUGGGACCGAGUGCCAAAAGAGCUGCAGCACAGUGGACAUGGGUUGUAUCAGCACAGGUUGCACAUCUGGCUGCAUCUGCCCUCAUGGCUUGCUAUCAGAUGGAGCAGGUGGCUGCAUAAAUGAGACAAGCUGCCCAUGUGUAUACAAUGGACAGGUAUACCAGCCAGGACAGACUCUGACAGUGGACUGCAACACAUGCUCCUGCAGUGGAAGGACGUUCACAUGCACCAACAACGUGUGUGAUGGAGUCUGUGGAAUCUAUGGCGAUGGGCAUUACAUUACAUUUGAUGAUAAAAGGUUUGACUUCAACGGACAGUGUGAAUACACGCUUCUCCAGGACCACUGUGGCACUAAUCAGGACAACGGAAGCUUCAGGAUUAUCACCGAGAAUGUUCCCUGUGGAACUACAGGAACCACCUGUUCCAAGACCAUCAAGGUCUUCUUGGAGGACAGUGAAUUCCAGCUGAAGGAUGAGAACUUUGAGGUGAUCAAAGGAAACAUCCAGGUGCUCGGUGUUCAAGUACAGAAAAUGGGUGUUUAUCUGGCAGUGACCAUAAAAGCGGGUCUCAUCCUCGUGUGGGACCAGAAGACCAGCCUUUUCAUUUCUCUCAGCCCAGAAUUCCAGGAUCAAGUCUGUGGUCUCUGUGGUAACUAUGAUGGCAACAGCAAGAACGAUUUCACAACACGCUCCCAGGAGACGGUGACCGAUGUUUUACAGUUCGGUAACUCUUGGAAAGUGUCACCCGUCUGCCCUGAUGCCCAGCUCGUUAGUGAUCCCUGUUCCUCCAACCGCUAUCGAGCAGCCUGGUCUCAGAAACAGUGCAGCAUCAUCACCAGCUCCAUCUUCAGUAGCUGCCAUACAAAGGUGGACCCUGGCCCGUACUUUGACUCCUGCGUGAGGGACUCUUGUGCGUGUGACACAGGAGGAGACUGCGAGUGUUUUUGCACGGCUGUGGCCGCCUAUGCCAAGGCUUGCAGUGCAGUCGGAGCCUGUGUUAGCUGGAGGACUCCAAAGCUGUGCCCAAUCUUCUGUGACUACUACAACUCGCCUGGAGGCUGUGAAUGGCACUACAAGCCAUGUGGAGCAGACUGCAUGAAGACAUGUAGGAACCCAUCAGGAAACUGUUCCAAACUCAUCACUAAAGUGGAAGGCUGCUACCCGCAGUGUUCAGAAGACAAGCCGUUUUUCAAUGAAGACACUAUGAAGUGUGUUACCUGGGAUCAAUGCGGAUGUUAUGAUGACAAAGGCACCCACUAUAGCAUGGGAGAGAUGGUUCCAUCCUACAACUGCAACCUUUGCUCCUGCACAUUAACCGGGAUAAGCUGCAGCUAUAAUGUAAUGGCUUGUAAAUGCAUAGUUAAUGGAAAGAUUUACAACUAUGGGGCAACCAUCUACAACACAUCAGAUGGAUCAGGAAACUGUAUGACAGCGGAGUGUGGGGCCAAUGGAACAAUAAUAAGGACCUUCUUCCAAUGCUUUGCAAGCACAACAGCUGGCCCUACCAUAUAUCCAUUUACAUUUGGCACAGCUGAGACAACGGCCAAAGGAAUGUCAUCAACAAGGAAAACAACAAGCUCCCUGUUAAAGCCCACAACAUCAUGGAAACCUUUGAUGACGACUGGCAAGAUGACUUCAAAUCAAGAAAGUUCUGUUCUGACAUCAAGUAGUACAGCAACUACACUUAAGCCUUCUGCCACCAGCAACAAAACUGUCACAAAACGUUUUGAAAGUACUACAUCAGAAGUCACUGCCAUAACCGUAGAGACAACAAAGCCAUUAGAAGGUACCACUGGGCAAAUAAUUUCUACAACAGCAGUUCCCAACGCCAAAACAUCAGCAUUAUGGACAACAACAGGCAAUGGAAGCCCUAUUGUUUCAUCAAAGCCUUCCACUGAAACAACCUCUACAACAGAACCAUCCACUCUUAUAAAUAAUGCCACCAUUAACAUUGAAACUACAACAUCAGAAGUAACAGCAGUACAUAUUGGUUCAACUAAUCCGCCACAAGUUGUCACAAGUCAAGUAACAUCUUCCUCCACUGUUGUUUUUGGAACCUCCACUACAACACCCUCAACUCAAACUUCAGUUCAAGAAAGUUCAGUUGUAACAUCAAAACCCUCAGUUAGUACGAAAACUACACUUAGGCCUUCUGCCACCAGCAACGAAACUGUCACAAAACGUUUUGAAAGUACUACAUCAGAAGUCACUGCCAUAAAUGGAGAGACAACAAAACCAUCAGAAGGUACAACUGGGCAAAUAAUUUCUACCACAGCAGUUCCCAUUGCCAAAACAUCAGCAUUAUGGACAACAACAGGCAAUGGAAGCCCUAUUGUUUCAUCAAAGCCGUCCACUGACACAACCUCUACAACUGGACCAUCCACUCUUACAAAUAAUGCCACCAUUAACAUUGAAACUACAACAUCCGACGUAACAGCAGUACAUAUUGGUUCAACUAAUCCGCCACAAGUUGUCACAAGUCAAGUAACAUCUUCCUCCACUGUUGUUUUUGGAACCUCCACCACAUUACCCUCCACUCAAACUUCAGUUCAAGAAAGUUCAGUUGUAACAUCAAAACCCUCAGUUAGUACGAAAACUACACUUACGCCUUAUGCCACCAGAAACGAAACAGUCACAAAACGUUUUGAAAGUACUACAUCAGAAGUCACUGCCAUAAAUGGAGAGACAACAAAACCAUCAGAAGGUACAGCUGGGCAAAUAAUUUCUACAACAGCAGUUCCCAACGCCAAAACAUCAGCAUCAUGGACAACAACAGGCAAUGGAAGCCCUAUUGUUUCAUCAAAGCCUUCCACUGAAACAACCUCUACAACAGGACCAUCCACUCUUUCAAAUAAUGCCACCAUUAACAUUGAAACUACAACAUCAGAAGUAACAGCAGUACAUAUUGGUUCAACUAAUCCACCACAAGUUGUCACAAGUCAAGUAACAUCUUCCUCCACUGUUGUUUUUGGAACCUCCACCACAAAACCCUCAACUCAAACUUCAGUUCAAGAAAGUUCAGUUGUAACAUCAAAACCCUCAGUUAGUACGAAAACUACACUUACGCCUUAUGCCACCAGCAACGAAACAGUCACAAAACGUUUUGAAAGUACUACAUCAGAAGUCACUGCCAUAAAUGGAGAGACAACAAAACCAUCAGAAGGUACAGCUGGGCAAAUAAUUUCUACAACAGCAAUUCCCAAUGCCAAAACAUCAGCAUUAUGGACAACAACAGGCAAUGGAAGCCCUAUUGUUUCAUCAAAGCCUUCCACUGAAACAACCUCUACAACAGGACCAUCCACUCUUUCAAAUAAUGCCACCAUUAACAUUGAAACUACAACAUCAGAAGUAACAGCAGUACAUAUUGGUUCAACUAAUCCACCACAAGUUGUCACAAAUCAAGUAACAUCUUCCGCCACUGUUGUUUUUGGAACCUCUACCACAAAACCCUCCACUCAAACUUCAGUUCAAGAAAGUUCUGUUGUAACAUCAAAACCCUCAGUUAGUACGGCAACUACACUUACGCCUUCUGCCACCAGCAACAAAACUGUCACAAAACGUUUUGAAAGUACUACAUCAGAAGUCACUGCCAUAACCGUAGAGACAACAAAACCAUCAGAAGGUACAACUGGGCAAAUAAUUUCUACAACAGCAGUUCCCAAUGCCGAAACAUCAGCAUUAUGGACAACAACAGGCAAUGGAAGCCCUACUGUUUCAUCAAAGCCUUCCACUGAAACAACCUCUACAACAGGACCAUCCUCUCUUACAAAUAAUGCCACCAUUAACAUUGAAAGUACAACAUCAGAAGUAACAGCAGUACAUAUUGGUUCAACUAAUCCACCACAAGUUGUCACAAGUCAAGUAACAUCUUCCUCCACUGUUGUUUUUGGAACCUCCACCACAACACCCUCAACUCAAACUUCAGUUCAAGAAAGUUCAGUUGUAACAUCAAAACCCUCAGUUAGUACGAAAACUACACUUAGGCCUUCUGCCACCAGCAACGAAACUGUCACAAAACGUUUUGAAAGUACUACAUCAGAAGUCACUGCCAUAAAUGGAGGGACAACAAAACCAUCAGAAGGUACAACUGGGCAAAUAAUUUCUACAACAGCAGUUCCCAACGCCAAAACAUCAGCAUUAUGGACAACAACAGGCAAUGGAAGCCCUAUGGUUUCAUCAAAGCCGUCCACUGACACAACCUCUACAACUGGACCAUCCACUCUUACAAAUAAUGCCACCAUUAACAUUGAAACUACAACAUCCGACGUAACAGCAGUACAUAUUGGUUCAACUAAUCCGCCACAAGUUGUCACAAGUCAAGUAACAUCUUCCUCCACUGUUGUUUUUGGAACCUCCACCACAAAACCCUCCACUCAAACUUCAGUUCAAGAAAGUUCAGUUGUAACAUCAAAACCCUCAGUUAGUACGACAACUACACUUACGCCUUCUGCCACCAGCAACGAAACUGUCACAAAACGUUUUGAAAGUACUACAUCAGAAGUCACUGCCAUAAAUGGAGAGACAACAAAACCAUCAGAAGGUACAGCUGGGCAAAUAAUUUCUACAACAGCAAUUCCCAAUGCCAAAACAUCAGCAUUAUGGACAACAACAGGCAAUGGAAGCCCUAUUGUUUCAUCAAAGCCUUCCACUGACACAACCUCUACAACAGGACCAUCCACUCUUUCAAAUAAUGCCACCAUUAACAUUGAAACUACAACAUCAGAAGUAACAGCAGUACAUAUUGGUUCAACUAAUCCACCACAAGUUGUCACAAGUCAAGUAACAUCUUCCUCCACUGUUGUUUUUGGAACCUCUACCACAACACCCUUAACUCAAACCUCAGUUCAAGAAAGUUCAGUUGUAACAUCAAAACCCUCAGUUAGUACGGCAACUACACUUAGGCCUUCUGCCACCAGCAACGAAACUGUCACAAAACGUUUUGAAAGUACUACAUCAGAAGUCACUGCCAUAACCAUAGAGACAACAAAGCAAUUAGAAGGUACAACUGGGAAAAUCAUUUCUACCACAGCAGUUCCCAAUGCCAAAACAUCAGCAUUAUGGACAACAACAGGCAAUGGAAGCCCUAUUGUUUCAUCAAAGCCUUCCACUGAAACAACCUCUACAACAGGACCAUCCUCUCUUACAAAUAAUGCCACCAUUGACAUUGAAACUACAACAUCAGAAGUAACAGCAGUACAUAUUGGUUCAACUAAUCCGCCACAAGUUGUCACAAGUCAAGUACCAUCUUCCUCCACUGUUGUUUUUGGAACCUCUACCACAAAACCCUCAACUCAAACCUCAGUUCAAGAAAGUUCAUUUGUAACAUCAAAACCCUCAGUUAGUACGACAACCACACUUAGGCCUUCUGCCACCAGCAACGAAACUGUCACAAAACGUUUUGAAAGUACUACAUCAGAAGUCACUGCCAUAACCGUAGAGACAACAAACCCAUCAGAAGGUACAACUGGGCAAAUAAUUUCUACAACAGCAGUUCCCAAUGCCGAAACAUCAGCAUCAUGGACAACAACAGGCAAUGGAAGCCCUAUUGUUUCAUCAAAGCCUUCCACUGAAACAACCUCUACAACAGGACCAUCCACUCUUACAAAUAAUGCCACCAUUAACAUUGAAACUACAACAUCAGAAGUAACAGCAGUACAUAUUGGUUCAACUAAUCCGCCACAAGUUGUCACAAGUCAAGUAACAUCUUCCUCCACUGUUGUUUUUGGAACCUCCACCACAAAACCCUCAACUCAAACCUCAGUUCAAGAAAGUUCAGUUGUAACAUCAAAACCCUCAGUUAGUACGGCAACUACACUUACGCCUUCUGCCACCAGCAACGAAACUGUCACAAAACGUUUUGAAAGUACUACAUCAGAAGUCACUGCCAUAACCGUAGAGACAACAAACCCAUCAGAAGGUACAACUGGGCAAAUAAUUUCUACAACAGCAGUUCCCAAUGCCGAAACAUCAGCAUCAUGGACAACAACAGGCAAUGGAAGCCCUAUUGUUUCAUCAAAGCCUUCCACUGAAACAACCUCUACAACUGGACCAUCCUCUCUUACAAAUAAUGCCACCAUUAACAUUGAAACUACAACAUCAGAAGUAACAGCAGUACAUAUUGGUUCAACUAAUCCGCCACAAGUUGUCACAAGUCAAGUAACAUCUUCCUCCACUGUUGUUUUUGGAACCUCCACCACAACACCCUCAACUCAAACUUCAGUUCAAGAAAGUUCAGUUGUAACAUCAAAACCCUCAGUUACUACGAAAACUACACUUAGGCCUUCUGCCACCAGCAACGAAACUGUCACAAAACGUUUUGAAAGUACUACAUCAGAAGUCACUGCCAUAAAUGGAGAGACAAGAAAACCAUCAGAAGGUACAACUGGGCAAAUAAUUUCUACAACAGCAGUUCCCAAUGCCAAAACAUCAGCAUUAUGGACAACAACAGGCAAUGGAAGUCCUAUAGUUUCAUCAAAGCCGUCCACUGACACAACCUCUACAACUGGACCAUCCACUCUUACAAAUAAUGCCACCAUUAACAUUGAAACUACAACAUCAGAAGUAACAGCAGUACAUAUUGGUUCAACUAAUCCACCACAAGUUGUCACAAGUCAAGUAACAUCUUCCUCCACUGUUGUUUUUGGAACCUCCACCACAAAACCCUCCACUCAAACUUCAGUUCAAGAAAGUUCAGUUGUAACAUCAAAACCCUCAGUUAGUACGAAAACUACACUUACGCCUUAUGCCACCAGCAACGAAACUGUCACAAAACGUUUUGAAAGUACUACAUCAGAAGUCACUGCCAUAACCGUAGAGACAACAAAACCAUCAGAAGGUACAACUGGGCAAAUAAUUUCUACAACAGCAAUUCCCAACGCCAAAACAUCAGCAUUAUGGACAACAACAGGCAAUGGAAGCCCUACUGUUUCAUCAAAGCCUUCCACUGAAACAACCUCUACAACAGGACCAUCCACUCUUACAAAUAAUGCCACCAAUAACAUUGAAACUACAACAUCUGAUGUUACAGCAGUACAUAUUGGUUCAACUAAUCCGCCACAAGUUGUCACAAGUCAAGUAACAUCUUCCUCCACUGUUGUUUUUGGAACCUCUACCACAAAACCCUCCACUCAAACUUCAGUUCAAGAAAGUUCAGUUGUAACAUCAAAACCCUCAGUUAGUACGAAAACUACACUUAGGCCUUCUGCCACCAGCAACGAAACUGUCACAAAACGUUUUGAAAGUACAACAUCAGAAGUCACUGCCAUAACCAUAGAGACAACAAAGCAAUUAGAAGGUACAACUGGGCAAAUCAUUUCUACCACAGCAGUUCCCAAUGCCGAAACAUCAGCAUUAUGGACAACAACAGGCAAUGGAAGCCCUACUGUUUCAUCAAAGCCUUCCACUGAAACAACCUCUACAACAGGACCAUCCACUCUUACAAAUAAUGCCACCAAUAACAUUGAAACUACAACAUCUGAUGUUACAGCAGUACAUAUUGGUUCAACUAAUCCGCCACAAGUUGUCACAAGUCAAGUAACAUCUUCCUCCACUGUUGUUUUUGGAACCUCCACUACAACACCCUCAACUCAAACUUCAGUUCAAGAAAGUUCAGUUGUAACAUCAAAACCCUCAGUUAGUACGAAAACUACACUUACGCCUUAUGCCACCAGCAACGAAACUGUCACAAAACGUUUUGAAAGUACUACAUCAGAAGUCACUGCCAUAAAUGGAGAGACAACAAAACCAUCAGAAGGUACAGCUGGGCAAAUAAUUUCUACAACAGCAGUUCCCAACGCCAAAACAUCAGCAUUAUGGACAACAACAGGCAAUGGAAGCCCUAUUGUUUCUUCAGAGCCUUCCACUGAAACAACCUCUACAACAGGACCAUCCUCUCUUUCAAAUAAUGCCACCAUUAACAUUGAAACUACAACAUCAGAAGUAACAGCAGUACAUAUUGGUUCAACUAAUCCACCACAAGUUGUCACAAGUCAAGUAACAUCUUCCUCCACUGUUGUUUUUGGAACCUCUACCACAAAACCCUCCACUCAAACUUCAGUUCAAGAAAGUUCAGUUGUAACAUCAAAACCCUCAGUUAGUACGACAACUACACUUAGGCCUUCUGCCACCAGCAACGAAACUGUCACAAAACGUUUAGAAAGUACAACAUCAGAAGUCACUGCCAUAACCGGAGAGACAACAAAGCCAUUAGAAGGUACAACUGGGCAAAUAAUUUCUACAACAGCAGUUCCCAAUGCCAAAACAUCAGCAUUAUGGACAACAACAGGCAAUGGAAGCCCUAUGGUUUCAUCAAAGCCUUCCACUGACACAACCUCUACAACUGGACCAUCCACUCUUACAAAUAAUGCCACCAUUAACAUUGAAACUACAACAUCCGACGUAACAGCAGUACAUAUUGGUUCAACUAAUCCACCACAAGUUGUCACAAGUCAAGUAACAUCUUCCUCCACUGUUGUUUUUGGAACCUCUACCACAAAACCCUCCACUCAAACUUCAGUUCAAGAAAGUUCAGUUGUAACAUCAAAACCCUCAGUUAGUACGACAACUACACUUAGGCCUUAUGCCACCAGCAACGAAACUGUCACAAAACGUUUUGAAAGUACUACAUCAGAAGUCACUGCCAUAACCGUAGAGACAACAAAACCAUCAGAAGGUACAACUGGGCAAAUAAUUUCUACAACAGCAAUUCCCAACGCCAAAACAUCAGCAUUAUGGACAACAACAGGCAAUGGAAGCCCUAUUGUUUCAUCAAAGCCUUCCACUGAAACAACCUCUACAACAGGACCAUCCACUCUUACAAAUAAUGCUACCAUUAACAUUGAAACUACAACAUCAGAAGUAACAGCAGUACAUAUUGGUUCAACUAAUCCACCACAAGUUGUCACAAGUCAAGUAACAUCUUCCUCCACUGUUGUUUUUGGAACCUCCACCACAACACCCUCAACUCAAACUUCAGUUCAAGAAAGUUCAGUUGUAACAUCAAAACCCUCAGUUAGUACGAAAAGUACACUUAGGCCUUCUGCCACCAGCAACGAAACUGUCACAAAACGUUUUGAAAGUACUACAUCAGAAGUCACUGCCAUAAAUGGAGAGACAACAAAACCAUCAGAAGGUACAACUGGGCAAAUAAUUUCUACAACAGCAGUUCCCAACGCCAAAACAUCAGCAUUAUGGACAACAACAGGCAAUGGAAGCCCUAUUGUUUCAUCAAAGCCUUCCACUGAAACAACCUCUACAACAGGACCAUCCACUCUUACAAAUAAUGCCACCAUUAACAUUGAAACUACAACAUCCGACGUAACAGCAGUACAUAUUGGUUCAACUAAUCCGCCACAAGUUGUCACAAGUCAAGUAACAUCUUCCUCCACUGUUGUUUUUGGAACCUCCACCACAAAACCCUCCACUCAAACUUCAGUUCAAGAAAGUUCAGUUGUAACAUCAAAACCCUCAGUUAGUACGAAAACUACACUUACGCCUUCUGCCACCAGCAACGAAACUGUCACAAAACGUUUUGAAAGUACUACAUCAGAAGUCACUGCCAUAACCGUAGAGACAACAAAACCAUCAGAAGGUACAACUGGGCAAAUAAUUUCUACAACAGCAGUUCCCAACGCCAAAACAUCAGCAUUAUGGACAACAACAGGCAAUGGAAGCCCUAUUGUUUCAUCAAAGCCUUCCACUGAAACAACCUCUACAACAGGACCAUCCUCUCUUUCAAAUAAUGCCACCAUUAACAUUGAAACUACAACAUCAGAAGUAACAGCAGUACAUAUUGGUUCAACUAAUCCACCACAAGUUGUCACAAGUCAAGUAACAUCUUCCUCCACUGUUGUUUUUGGAACCUCCAACACAACACCCUCAACUCAAACUUCAGUUCAAGAAAGUUCAGUUGUAACAUCAAAACCCUCAGUUAGUACGAAAACUACACUUACGCCUUCUGCCACCAGCAACGAAACUGUCACUAAACGUUUUGAAAGUACUACAUCAGAAGUCACUGCCAUAACCGUAGAGACAACAAAGCCAUUAGAAGGUACAACUGGGCAAAUAAUUUCUACAACAGCAGUUCCCAACGCCAAAACAUCAGCAUUAUGGACAACAACAGGCAAUGGAAGCCCUAUUGUUUCAUCAAAGCCUUCCACUGAAACAAACUCUACAACAGGACCAUCCUCUCUUUCAAAUAAUGCCACCAAUAACAUUGAAACUACAACAUCAGAAGUAACAGCAGUACAUAUUGGUUCAACUAAUCCACCAAAAGUUGUCACAAGUCAAGUAACAUCUUCCUCCACUGUUGUUUUUGGAACCUCCACCACAAAACCCUCCACUCAAACUUCAGUUCAAGAAAGUUCAGUUGUAACAUCAAAACCCUCAGUUAGUACGACAACCACACUUAGGCCUUCUGCCACCAGCAACGAAACUGUCACAAAACGUUUUGAAAGUACUACAUCAGAAGUCACUGCCAUAAAUGGAGAGACAACAAAACCAUCAGAAGGUACAACUGGGCAAAUAAUUUCUACCACAGCAGUUCCCAUUGCCAAAACAUCAGCAUUAUGGACAACAACAGGCAAUGGAAGCCCUAUUGUUUCAUCAAAGCCUUCCACUGAAACAACCUCUAUAACAGGACCAUCCACUCUUACAAAUAAUGCCACCAUUAACAUUGAAACUACAACAUCAGAAGUAACAGCAGUACAUAUUGGUUCAACUAAUCCGCCACAAGUUGUCACAAGUCAAGUAACAUCUUCCUCCACUGUUGUUUUUGGAACCUCUACCACAAAACCCUCAACUCAAACUUCAGUUCAAGAAAGUUCAGUUGUAACAUCAAAACCCUCAGUUAGUACGGCAACUACACUUACGCCUUCUGCCACCAGCAACGAAACUGUCACAAAACGUUUUGAAAGUACUACAUCAGAAGUCACUGCCAUAACCGGAGAGACAACAAAACCAUCAGAAGGUACAACUGGGCAAAUAAUUUCUACAACAGCAAUUCCCAAUGCCAAAACAUCAGCAUUAUGGACAACAACAGGCAAUGGAAGCCCUAUUGUUUCUUCAGAGCCUUCCACUGAAACAACCUCUACAACAGGACCAUCCACUCUUUCAAAUAAUGCCACCAUUAACAUUGAAACUACAACAUCCGACGUAACAGCAGUACAUAUUGGUUCAACUAAUCCACCACAAGUUGUCACAAGUCAAGUAACAUCUUCCUCCACUGUUGUUUUUGGAACCUCUACCACAAAACCCUCCACUCAAACUUCAGUUCAAGAAAGUUCAGUUGUAACAUCAAAACCCUCAGUUAGUACGACAACUACACUUAGGCCUUCUGCCACCAGCAACGAAACUGUCACAAAACGUUUUGAAAGUACAACAUCAGAAGUCACUGCCAUAAAUGGAGAGACAACAAAAUCAUCAGAAGGUACAACUGGGCAAAUAAUUUCUACAACAGCAGUUCCCAAUGCCAAAACAUCAGCAUUAUGGACAACAACAGGCAAUGGAAGCCCUAUGGUUUCAUCAAUGCCGUCCACUGACACAACCUCUACAACAGGACCAUCCACUCUUUCAAAUAAUGCCACCAUUAACAUUGAAACUACAACAUCAGAAGUAACAGCAGUACAUAUUGGUUCAACUAAUCCACCAAUGGUUGUCACAACAAGUCAAUUGACUUCUUCCUCCACUGUUGUUUUUGGAACCUCCACCACAAAACCCUCAGUUAGUACGAAAACUACACUUAAGCCUUCUGCCACCAGCAACGAAACUGUCACAAAACGUUUUGAAAGUACUACCUCAGAAGUCACUGCCAUAACCGGAGAGACAACAAAUCCUCAGAAAGUUUUCACAAGUUCAGUGACAAAUGUUAAUACUACACAGUUUGGAGGUAUAACAUCUAAUUCCUCUUUUAAGACAUCAUCAACAUCAGUUGGUAAAAUCACAGACUUAAUACAUUCAACAAGUGUUAUCUCUAAAUCUUCUACUUGGACCACAAGAGCUGUAACCACAAGUAAACUUGUUGGAGCCACGACAUACAUUGCACCUCUGACACAGACACUUCCCAGCUCCACAACAGUUUAUCCAUCUAUUAUUACGACCCAUCCACCUGGAACCACUGGGUCUUCCACCUCCCACAAUACAAACACAGCAACAUCCUGUGUGUGUAUUUUUAACCAAACGUCCUACAAUCCUGGGGAUUUGUUGUACAACGUUACGGAUGGCAUUGGGUGGUGUUAUGCUGCAUUUUGCAAUACAUCUUGCAAAGUUGAGACUCAAUCCAGCCCAUGUUCAACAACCCCCGUACCUAACACCACUUCACUUCCAACGUCGGUAUUCAGCACAGUAACAGAGGAAAUACUUUCAAGCCAUGUAACUCCAGUCACAGCCAUUUCCAGUUCUACUUCUAUUUUAGCAACAAACCAUUCUACAAUUUCUCUGAACUGCAUCGACGUAGAUCCACCAAGACAAAGCGGAGAGUCCUGGACUGUUGAUAACUGCUUCAUAGCUACAUGCGCCAAUGGACAGAUAACACAGAAACCUAAACUCUGUCCAUCUGUGACCCCGCCCAUCUGUCUCAACGGGCGCAAUGCUGUCAAGGUCUAUGAUGAGAAUGGAUGUUGUUUUCACUACGAAUGUGAAUGUGUGUGCACCGUCUGGAGUGGCUCUCACUACAUGACCUUUGAUGGACAGUUGUUCACUUUUGACCAGAAUUGUUCUUAUUACCUGGUCAAAGAAAUAAUUCCAAAAUACAACUUAACUAUUAUAAAAAGCAAUGACUGUGAUCCUUCAGACAGCUCAUUCUGCCCUGUUUCCCUCACGUUAAUUUAUAAGUCAUUUAAAGUAGUUUUAACUCAGACAAAUGCUGCUGGAGCUUCAGUUAACAUGGUUUUUGUGAAUCAGAAACGAGUCUAUCCAGCCUACAGCAACUCUGUCCUGCUCAUCACCGACACAGAUAUGGUGAUCACGUUGGUCAUACAGGAGAUUGAGACAACAGUAGUCUACAGAGACUCGUCAUUCAGCAUCGACCUUCCAGAUUCCCUUUUUGGAGGAAACUCUGAGGGACAAUGCGGUACCUGCGACAACUCCCAGGCCAAUGACUGCCGUUCUCCAAAUGGCCAGGUGGAGAACUGCUUAGCCUCUGCAGGCAAGUGGUAUGUCCCAGAGACUCCCUGUGUAACCCCGUCAGCUCCUCCAAUUACUACAAGUGGGCCUGCAACUUCACCACAGUCCUCCUCAACCACACAGUCUCUAUGCAAACCUUCAAUCUGUGAUCUCCUCACAAGCAGUGUAUUUGCACCCUGCCACACACUCAUCUCCCCAGGACUGUUUGUGAUGUCCUGUUCUGACGAUGCAUGUAAUGGUGGGAACGUCAGCUGUUCCAGCCUGGAGGCUUACGCCACGGCAUGCGCCACUGCUGGGGCUUGUAUCGACUGGAGGAGCGCUACUAAUGGGCUUUGUGAGCACAAAUGUCCGAGCAACAAAAUGUACAUGGCCUGUGGUCCGUUGGUAGAGCCCACGUGCAAUGACAGGUACAACAAGAAGUUUGUUUCAUCCUCCAACAACACAGAGGAAGGCUGCUUCUGUCCCUCUGGAACCACUUUAUUCAACACGGUGUAUGACGACUGUGUCAUUUCCUGUGAUUGUGUUGGUCCAGAUGGAAAACCCAAACAGCCCGGUGAAACAUGGACGACUGGAUGCAACACGUGUGCGUGCGACCUGGAUUCCAUGAGUGUCAGGUGUGAGCCGGUAACAUGCCCAGCAUUAAGCACCCCCCUCUGCAGCGACCUGGGCCAGCAGCUGGUCAACAGAACCGAUGGCUGCUGCACGAUUCAGUCAUGCGAAUGCAACUACAACUUAUGCUCACUUCCAAUCAGCUGUCCUCUGGGCUUCGAGCUGAGAAUCAGUAAUGGCACCUGCUGCUUGUCUUAUGACUGUGUUCCUAAAGGUGUGUGCGUCGUAGACAUGACCGAGUUCAAGCCUGGAACAAAGAUCCCACCAUCAGCGGGUACUGUGUCUGUGGUGGAGUCGUGUAAGGAGUGCUACUGUAGCUCCCAGACGGAUCCAAGCACCAAGCUGAACAUCAUCACCUGCUCCCCAGCUAUCUGCAACACCAGCUGCUCUGAUGGUUUUGAAUAUCGCAUGACUUCAGGUGAUUGCUGUGGGAGAUGUGUGCAGACGAACUGCAUUUUCGUCACGCCUGACAACCAGACAACACUCAUAAUCCAGGUGAACGGUUCGUACGUACCACCAGACAACAGCUGUGUGCGGUACACUUGUGAGAAGAUUAAUGGACAAUUUUUACUGAAGGAAACCACGACCACCUGCCCCCUCUUCAACGCUAUGGACUGUGAACCUGGAACCGAGACAAUGGAUGGGUGCUGCCAGACCUGCAAGCUGAAGGAUGUUUGUAAGGUCCAGAGUAAUCUAGCUAAGCUUGAAGUGAACGGCUGCAUCAGCACAGAGGUGGUCAACAUAACAUCUUGUGAAGGAAAAUGCACAAGCUCAUCCAUAUAUUCUCCAGUAGCUACUACGAUGAUGCAUCACUGUGAGUGUUGCCUGGAGGCUACAACCAGUCUGAAGCAAGUGGAGCUGACCUGCACAGACGGCUCCAAGCGGCACCACAACUACAUCCAUGUAGAAAGUUGCCUCUGCAGCAGAGAGGAAUGUUCAGCCAGCAGUAGCAGGCCCUGAGCUGUCUAUUACAGUCUCACAGCUUUCUCACUGCUUUAUGUCACAUUAAUUACUUUAAUAACCUCCUUCUGAAUUUCUUCAUGAUGACAAAUAAAAUUUAUCUGCAAAAUAAA